AUGGCGCCACCUCAGAUCAAGCAGGAUCUCAACCGGUCUGGCUGGGAAACAACCGACUUCCCUUCCAGCUGCGAGAAUUGUCUACCUGAUAACCCCUAUGUCCAAAUGCUGAAAGAAGAGUAUGGAGCCGAAUGCAAGAUAUGCACCCGCCCAUUCACCGUCUUCCGCUGGAAAGCCGAUCGGACCGCCAGAACCAAGCGAACAAACAUUUGCCUCACUUGCGCUCGAUUGAAGAACUGCUGCCAGUGUUGUAUGCUCGAUCUGUCUUUCGGCUUGCCUAUCACAGUUAGAGACGCCGCUCUCAAAAUGGUUGCACCGGGUCCACAGUCCAGCAUUAACCGUGAGUACUACGCCCAAGAGCACGAGAAGGAAUUAGAAGAAGGACGAGGCGCAGUUGAAGCAUAUGAGAAGACGGAUGAGAAGGCCAGGGAUCUACUACGCAGAUUGGCCAACAGUGAGCCAUACUACAAGAGGCAAAGACGACUGGAAGCAGAGGGUCAUCAACCCGGUCAACAACAAGAACCGAAAGAGCAGAAGCAAAGCAGCUAUGGCCCGGGACCUAUUCGAACUGCGGACUCCAGAAAAUCUGGGGGCGCGCACCGCGGCGCGAAGACAGGACCUGGUAAUGCCAGAGCCGUCACACUGGCACGACCUCCCCAGCCCGAAGAUUGGCUGCCUCCCACCGACCCCAACAUCACGUCGCUCUUCGUCACCGGCGUCGAGGACGAUCUGCCGGAACAUGCGAUUCGUUCAUUUUUCACUCCUUUCGGCCAGAUCCGGUCUAUUGUCUGUUCCCACCGAGCACACUGCGCAUUCAUCAAUUAUGCCACAAGAGAAGGAGCCGAGGCUGCUGCGGCGCAUUGCCAAGGGAAAGCAGCCAUUCAAGGAUGUCCGCUGCGAGUUCGGUGGGGCAAACCGAAACCGUUAGACAACACAGACCGGGAGCAGAAAAUAAGCUGGGCAAGAGAAGGUAGGGAAGCCGCAGCCGCUGUCAGAUCUCAGCAGUCUGGCCAGAGGGCUCUCGCCACGGUCGACGGCCAAGCUCAAAAUGAGGACGGAGAUGCUGAAGGAAAUGCCAGCAUCGCUGUAAUGCCUCCACCAGGCCAAGGGGAAGUCACCUAUGCUAGUCUCGCUGGUGAUUGA